AUGCCCGCGAAGAUGCGCUCGCAAACGACCGUUGAUGCCACAGGCGCUGAACAUGGCGCCCAUCGAAAUGUGGUGGAUGACACGCAGCUCCUGGCCGAAUUGGGGUACAAACAGGAGUUGCGACGACAGUAUUCGACUCUAGAAAUUUUUGCGGUUGCGUUCAGUAUCAUGGGCUUAGUUCCCUCGAUCGCAUCCACGAUCGCGUUUUCACUUCCAGCUGGGCCUGUUGGGAUGGUUUGGGGAUGGUUUACCGCGAGUAUACUCAUCUUCUUUGUCGGUCUUGCGAUGGCGGAUAUGGCGUCCGCGAUGCCUACGGCCGGAGGUUUAUACUGGUGGACACAUUACUUUGCGGGCGACAAGUACAAGAACGCGUUGAGCUUCUUGGUCGGAUACAGCAACACCCUUGGAUUGAUUGGAGGGAUGUGCUCGGUCGACUACACACUCUCGCUGUUACUGCUCGCGUGUAUCUCGAUCUCGCGUGACGGAGAUUGGUCCGCAUCCAACGGGGUCAUCUACGGUGUUUAUGUCGGCGUGAUUCUCGUGCACGCCGUCUGCGCGGUGUUCGCCGGGCCUAUCAUGCCCAAGAUCCAAACGUUUUCGAUAUUUGUCAACGUUGCGAUGAUAGUGGCAACUGUGGUAGCUCUUCCUGUCGGCAAGAUCAGCCGAGGCGGGUCCCUCAACUCGGGCUCGUUUGUAUUUGGGGAUGUUGAGAACCUCACGACGUGGCCGACGGGCUGGGCUUUUAUUCUGUCGUUCCUGGCACCGAUCUGGUCUAUCGGGUUUUUUGACUCAUGCGUGCAUAUGAGCGAGGAAGCGCUGCAUGCUGCCAAAGCUGUGCCUCUCGGGAUCCUGUGGUCCUCGGGCUGCGCCACUUUCCUGGGAUUCCUGGUCUUGUCCGUGAUUGCCGCUUCGAUGAACCCGGAUGUCAGUGCGACGAUGGGCACAAAGUUUGGACAGCCUAUGGCGCAGAUCUACUAUGACGCUCUCGGCAAAAGAGGAGCACUCGGCUUUACGGGUGUUUUGAUUGUCAUUCAAUUUCUGGUCGGACUGAGCUUGAUUGUGGCUGCGUCCCGCCAAGCAUGGGCAUUCUCCCGGGAUGGGGCCCUCCCCUUCUCCGGCUACUUCCGCCAUGUCAGCAAACGCAUCCGCUACCAGCCGGUGCGAGCGAUCGUCGGGCUGGUCGUCGUUUGCAUUAUCUUUGGACUGCUGUGCCUGAUCAACUCGAUCGCGGCCAAUGCCUUGUUCUCACUUUUUGUGGCGAGCAACUACGUUGCCUGGGGAACACCGAUUCUAUGCCGGGUGAUCUGGAGCAAGACGCGGUUCCGGCCGGGCGAGUUCUACACGGGAGCACUGAGCCGGCCGAUUGCCAUUGUGGCCACUGUGUGGUUGGUGUUUGGGCUGAUUUUGUCCAUGUUCCCCAGCGGAGGGCCGAAUCCAACUGCAUCGACUAUGAACUACACGAUCGCGAUCAAUGGCUUCGUGUGGAUUGCGUGCAUGACGUAUUAUUUCCUGUUUGCGCGGAAAUGGUACACGGGACCCAAGAUGACCAUUGAUUCAUCGGAGGUUGUCUCAUCUCAGCCGGAAAAGCAGGAGUCCAACUAA